AUGCUGACGAUUCGAUCGCUCGCGGCGUCGGCUCUCGCCUGCGCUCUGCUGUCCGUGAGCCCGUCGCAGGUCGCUGCUGACUACACGGUCAAGGCCGACGCUGCCACGACCGUGCAGGGUUCUUGGGACGGGUGGGGCACCUCGCUUUGCUGGUGGGCCAAUGUCUUCGGAGAGCGCGCGGACAUCGCCGACGCCCUCUUCACGCUGAACGAGACGGUGACGCUGGACGGUGCGACGUCCGGCAUCCCCGGUUUGGGCUUCAACAUCGCGCGCUACAACAUCGGCGGCUCGAGCAGCAACGUCGUGGACGACAGCGGCACUGAAGUGGCGAUGAAGACCUCCGGGAACAUGCCUGCGUUCAAGUUCAUGGAGAGUUUCUGGCUCGACUGGAUGAGCAAGGACCCCACGUCCACGAGCUGGAACUGGAAGGCCGACGCCAAGCAGCGUGCCAUGCUAUCGCUCGCCAACCAGCGCGGCGCCAAUGUGCUGGAAGCGUUCUCCAACUCGCCGCCUUGGUGGAUGACCAACAACCGCGCGACGGCCGGUGGAGAUGACGGAAAGAAGGAUAACCUGCAGGACUGGAACCACGACGAGUUCGUGCUGUACCUGGCCACGGUGGUGAGCCGCGCCAAGUCGGACUGGGGCAUCAAGUUCACGUUCGUGGAGCCGUUCAACGAGCCGUCUGAGACCUGGUGGCAGUACCCGGGCAAGCAGGAGGGCUGCCACUUCUCGGUCGACACCCAGAACGCUAUUCUGCCGCUGUUGCGUAAGCAGCUCGAUGCCCUUGACCUGCAGGACGUGGCUAUCGCAACCUCGGACGAGAACUCCGCUACGGAGACACUUGCGACGCUCACCACCAUGUCGACCAACGCCGAUGUUAUGGGAGCCAUUGAGAAGGUGAACACACACGGUUACCAAGGACUUGAGGCGUACCGUGGCCCGGACCGCGGGCCUCUGAAGGACCUCGCCAACAAGCUCACCAAGAGCCUGUGGGACUCCGAGUACGGCGAGAGCGACGGGACGGGACUGACCAUGGCCGAGUCCAUCGGCCUCGACAUCAACGAGAUGGGCGUGGCGGGCUUCGUGUACUGGCAGGCGCUGGACAGCGGCGGCUGGGGCCUCAUCCAGUCCAACCCGGGCGACAACUGGAUCGGCACGCCCAACCCCAAGUACUACGUGCUGGCGCAGUACUCGCGCCACAUCCGCCCCUUCAUGAGCAUCCUCGCUUCGGACGACGCCAAGACGGUGCUGGGCUACGACUCGGAGAAGAAGCUGCUGGUGGUCGUGACGGUCAACACGGGCGACGCGCAGACGAUCACGUUCGACCUGGCGAGCUUCGCGACAGUGGCCGGACCGAUCAACGCCUGGACGACGGAGACGAGCGGCAAGGGGGCGAUCUACAAGGCCAGCACCGUCAAGCUCUCGGGCACCUCGUUCAGCGCCGCCUUCCCUGCGGCCUCGGUCAUGACGUUCGAGAUCGAGGGCGUCACGCUCGCUGCUUAG